AUGUUAUAUCCCCCGUGGCGGCAGCAGCACAGCUAACAGCUUACGUAACGUAUAGUUGUAGUGCGCGCACCAUUCGCCGCAGUUCCGUCAGUUCCGCCAGUUCUGUGGAACUUCGAAGGGUUCCGGAAACAUUCGUCCGAUCCGAUUCGAUCAGUCAAUCGGUCGAAUUUUUCACGGGUUGGCAAAGAAAAACACGGACAAGAACAGGGUUCUCUGCGACUAUACAUAUAUAUUUGGUUUACUCCAGUUUACUCCGCCACUGCUGAACUGUGUUGAACGGAGCCACGCUGGAGCUGCUUGGCUGAGGACUGACGACGAAAGAGAGAGAGAGAGAGAGAGAGAGAGAGAGAGAGAGAGAGAGAGAGAGAGCGAGCGAGAGAGAGAGAGCGAGCGAGCGAGCAAGUGCGCGCGCACGAAAGGGAAGGAAGGGAAAGGAAGAGAGACGGAGGCGGAGUAUAUAGUCGUAGGUGAAACGUAGUCAAACGCAAGUUAGACGGAGACGCAGCGAACCUAGAGAAGAGGUGUAUAUCAGUGUACGUGUGCUGUGCGAGGGUAGCGCGAGUAUCAACCAGCUGGUUGGCAAGGCAAGGGAGGCCAGUCAGCCAGUCGUCAGUGAGACGCAGUGCGACGCAGUGAGACGCGAGCGCGGGUGUGUUAUUUGUUCGUGCGCGCUCACGUAUCCUAGUAUUCCUAGUGCGGAUUUCUCCUGCACUUGUGUGUGCGCGCCUGCCGCUUACUAUUGUCUGCUUUUCCUCCUUGGUUCCGUCGUCAUCACUGCACGUAUAUAACGUACAUUCAUUCAUUCAUUCAUUCAUUCGUUCGUCCGUUCGUUCGUUCGCUCGUUCGCUCGUCCGUCUGAAAGUGUGUAACGUCUGAAAGUGCCUAUCUGAUCUGCUCGCGCCUGGCACCUCAUUCUCGGCAAUUCUCGGACACGACUCUUGCCCUCAUAAAGCGAACAUCGUCUGCUCUGCCGCCUCCAGCUCCAGCUCCAGUUCCAGCCGCAGCGCAUCGCUCCACACACCGCUCCACCACUAAUCGUUCGUCCCGUUCGCGCGCGCUCCUUCGUACUAUUUUUCCUCUUUCUCUAAUUCUCUUUCCUCGCCUUUCUAGCGAGUUGCCGAGUUCCCCUUCUCUAAUCAGGAGGAGGCAAGAAGAGAGAGGGUGCGCGUCGCGUCGCGUCCCGUGUGUGGUGUACACGGUGUACAGAGUGUACACUGUACAUCACAUCCCGCCUCGAUUGUGUGUACCGUACCGUUGGUGGCUGGUGGCUGGUGGCUGGUGCGCGCCGUUUAUUCCGUAACGUAAUCUCUCCGUGGCCCCGUGCGUGUAAACUCGCGCGCGCGCGCGCGCGCGUACAGGUGUUAGUGUGUGUGCGCGUGUGGGUCUGGGCUGGGGGGGGGUUACGUGCGUGCAACGAGCGAACCAAGAUGGCCGCUGAUUCAGGAAUGGAGACGUGUCCCUCCCCGGAGAUUGCGGACUCCAGAAAGCGGCCGCUCGACUGCGACGCGGAGAACGGCGCGACCAAGAGAUCACACUACGGAUCAGGUGGAGAUGGAACGUAUCAUCUCAAAGUGUUGGUUCCCGGUGUGGCAGCCGGGGCCAUUAUCGGCAAAGGUGGAGACACGAUUGCUCAACUUCAAAAGGAUACAGGGGCAAGAGUGAAGAUGUCUAAAUCGCACGAUUUUUAUCCGGGAACUACUGAGAGAGUAUGCCUUAUCACAGGCACCGUAGAUGCUAUUAUGGAGGUCAUGGAGUUCAUCAUGGACAAAAUACGCGAGAAGCCUGAUCUUACUUCGAAAACUACGGUUGACUUCGACUCUGGUAAAGCCACCGCGGAGAGGGACAAGCAGGUUAAAAUUUUAGUGCCUAAUAGCACUGCAGGGAUGAUAAUAGGAAAAGCUGGGAAUUACAUUAAACAAAUUAAAGAAGAAUCUGGCUCGUAUGUUCAAAUCAGUCAGAAGGCUAAGGACUUGUCCCUUCAGGAGCGAUGUAUAACGGUGAUUGGUGAGAAAGAAAAUAAUCAUAGGGCGUUACAUAUGAUCUUAGCGAAAGUGGCGGAUGAUCCGCAAAGCGGUACCUGCCUUAACGUCAGUUACGCGGACGUAAGUGGUCCUGUUGCCAAUUACAAUCCUACAGGCAGCCCGUAUGCUCAAGCUCCCACAAGCACUCCUACGUAUACAUCUACAGCUGGUCUAAAUACAGUGAGUCUCUUAAAUGGCGCUGGUUUGAGUCUUAAUCUAAAUCUGGGCGCGGCUAUCACCGCUGGCACGGCGCCGGUGACAACGCAGCUGUUGGAACACAUAAAAUUGAAUCUACGUACGACAGGUUUCUCCGAGCCUGCUGCAACGGAGAUACUUGCUGCGAUCGCGACCCUCGCUAAGUACAAUAUCCUCGGGAUGGGGAUCGGGAUGCCGUCGAGUAUGAGCUAUUUGGGUAAUCCGAUGGACAGUACGACAACUGCUAACGGCUCGAACAACAACGGCGGUGUGUUCGGACCGAUCGGGACCGUUCCUGCGCUCGGGUCUACCUCGCCGACUCCGCGCAACACCCUCGAUCGGUACGAGCCGUUUGAUCCAUUCCGACAGAACAACACCGCCGCCAGUGCGAUACACCUGAACAACAAUUCAUUCGGCCUGGGCACUAACCAGUUAUCACUUGUAAGUAAGAGUCCUACACAGGUAGACGCCAACAACAAGGAGACCAAGAAAGUAGACAUAGAAAUUGCAGAGGUUAUAGUGGGAGCUAUUCUGGGACCCGGUGGUCGUGCCCUCAUUGAGAUUCAGCACUUAAGUGGCGCCAACAUACAAAUCUCUAAGAAGGGCAUGUUCGCCCCUGGUACCAGGAACCGCAUAGUGACUAUCACGGGUUAUCCCAAUGCAAUCAACACUGCUCAGUACUUGAUCGAGCAGAGGAUCAGUGAAGAGGAGGCAAAACGAGCGCGUCAGAAUGCCAUCGCCAGUAUGAUCCAUUGAUUUCAAGUAUAGCACUCCUCUUGUUCAUCGCCAUUAUUGAGCUCCGUUGUUCACCUCUUCAUAUCUUGAGAAAGGAGAACACGCCCGGCCACGACGGUUUUCUUCUUUCUUCUACUUUUGACACACAAACACACAUUCACUCACUCACACACACAUACACACACACACACACACACACACACACACACACACACACACACAACAUCGUCCAUCGCCAAUUUACCGCCCAUUGUCAUCUAUCGCGCUGCGUUGUCACUAUAGCGCUUGCAUUGUCACAUCAUUUACGUUUAUACAUCCAUCAUGGCUCGUCAACAUUUAUCUAUUUUUUAAGAUAAUUAUGAUAUAUAUAUAUAUAUAUAUAUACAUAUAUAUAUAUACACACAUAUGAAUAUUAUAUAUGUUGUACAAUAUAUAACUACUACGAUUGUUCUGUGAUACACACCUUACGGGGCUUUAUCACACACGACACACGCAUACUGCAUCAGAGUUGCCACAAGUAACUAAUUGUUAUUGUCUAUAGCGUAUUACCGUUGAGGUAAUCCACUAUAUUAUUGUUAUCGGAUUCGGAAUAUAUGAUAUGACAUCUCUUUUAGCCACGCGUUCACAUCAUACUGACUACUACACGACACCCGGCUUCUUCUCAGACAAACCUUUGUCUAGAUAAUCACAUCCCCAGUUUUUAUGAAUCCAACGUUAUGCAUUCACCGUAAUUGAAAGAUUCACCUCAUAUAGAACUUAACGUUAAAAAAUGGCACUGUAAAUCUGAAUCAAUCAUCAAUUGGUCAACUCAAAUGUUGAAACAGGGAUUCCAUGAUCAACAUUCUCUGCAUUGUCUUUCGAAAUAGGAAAUAUUUAGACUAAUAGAUUUUUCUCGCUUUUUUGCAAAAUAUAUUAUUCACUUCGAUCAUACCAAAUACAGAGUAAUAUCUUGGCAAAACCAAAGAGUUUAUAGAUACAAGAUGUUUUACAAGGAAAGGGUUACGAGCUUUUAAGACUUAAAAUUUUAGGCCUUAGAAAUUUGUAAACCUUUCCCAAAACAUCUCAUAUAAUGCAAAAAUACCUU